AUGAGCAUGGUAAAGAGCCCGGAGUGGCUGGAGCGGCGGUUGGCGGGGAUAGUGGCUGUCCCGGAGAGGUCUCCAGCCUGGUCUACACUGGGAGAGGAGGGGCUGGCGACCAUGAAACAGGACAAGAGCCACGGGCAGGAUGAGGCAGACUGCAGGGCAAAGCUGAUCCUCCUCAACGGGGGCUGCACCAAUCCCGCUACACCCAGCGUCGUACUGGAGGCGAACGGGAAGCCCGGUACUCCAGAUCCCACAGACCUGGAGCUGCUGCCUCUGGAGAACAAGAAGGACAGCAAUGGAGACCUCUCCAAGGAGGACCUGGCCUGGCCACUUGGCCUGGCGCGGGUGCAGAAGGCAGGGCAGGCCCGGCACAAGACGAGGGUCAAGGAUCGAAGCAGCGUGGAGACUCUCAGGGACCUGCGAACUCCUGUGCGGAGCUCCAGGCGUCGCUCAGCCGUGUCCACACAGCUGAUCAUCGACCUGACGGAGGAGGACUCCCGGGACUCAUCCCAGAGCAGCAGCACACUCUCCGGCAGCAGCUCCCAGGAGGGGCAGAAUGGCUCUGCUGAGCUGGGGGCCGAGGAGUCAGAGAGCAGAGACGUGGGGAUGGCAUUGGAAUACCAGGAUGGGAAGGAGUUUGGAAUUGGGGAGCUCGUCUGGGGGAAGAUCAAAGGUUUCUCCUGGUGGCCUGCGAUUGUUGUCUCCCACAAAGCCACGGCCAAGCGCCAGGCUGUGUCAGGCAUGCGCUGGGUGCAGUGGUUUGGAGAUGGAAAGUUCUCCGAGGUUUCUGCGGACAAGCUGGUGGGACUGAUGGCCUUUAGGCAGCAUUUCAAUUCUUCCACGUUCCAUAAGCUGGUCUCCUACCGCCGUGCCAUUUACCAUGCCCUGGAGGUUGCCCGGAGCCGGUCGGGGAAGACGUUUACAACUGGCCCCAGGGACUCGAUGGAGGAGCAGCUGAAGCCGAUGAUUGACUGGGCAAUCACUGGCUUCAAACCCCUGGGACUCAAGGGACUGCUGCCACCCAAAACCUCAGAGAAUGGGGUGCUGAGGAAUGGGACAGAGGAGGUGCUGUCCCAUGAACAAUGUCCCCCCAGCAAGAGGUUGAAGAGCUACACCUUCAACAAUGGCAAGGAGCAGCGAGUAGAAGAGGACCAGACUCGAGAACAAAUGGUUUCUGAAGUUACGAAGAACAACGGGAAACUGGAAGACAGCUGUUUGUCCUGCGGGAGGAGGAACCCGGCCACCUUCCACCCUCUGUUCAAGGGAGGCCUCUGCCAGACGUGCAGGGAUAGAUUCCUGGAGUACUUCUACAUGUAUGAUGAAGAUGGUUACCAGUCCUACUGUGCUGUCUGCUGCGCGGGCAAGGAGCUGCUGCUCUGCAGCAAUUCCAGCUGCUGCAGGUGCUUCUGUGUGAAGUGUCUGGACGUGCUGGUGGGGCGAGGGACGUCGACCAGAGCAAAAGUGCAGGAGCCCUGGAACUGCUACAUGUGCUCGCCCCAGCAGAACUACGGGCUGCUGCAGCGCCGGCAGGACUGGAACGCCCGUCUGCUGGACUUCUUCACCAGUGACAAGGGACAGGAAUACGCUGCACCCAAAAUCUACCCAACAGUCCCGCCAGCAAAGAGGAGACCAAUCCGAGUGCUCUCGUUGUUUGAUGGGAUAGCGACAGGACAUCCAGGAGCGGCCACAACGAGCUCUGCUGACGAAGGAGACCGGGAGGCCAAAGAGAGCAGUGCCACCUCAGACCUCUGUCCGUUGGCAGGGUACAUGGUGCUGAAGGACUUGGGCAUCCAAGUGGAGAAGUACAUCGCCUCGGAGAUCGGCGACGACCCCGUCGCGGCGGGCACCGUGCGGCCCGAGGGCAACAUCACCUACGUGCACGACGUCAGGAACAUCACCAAGAGAAACAUUGAGGAGUGGGGUCCUUUUGACCUGGUGAUCGGUGGAACCCCCUGUGACGACCUCUCCCUUGUCAAUCCAACCAGGAAGGCGCUGUUUGAAGGAAGCGGGAGGCUGUUCUUCGAGUUCUACCACCUGCUCAACCACGCCCGUCCCAAGGAGGGCGAGGAGCGGCCCUUCUUCUGGAUGUUUGAGAACGUGGUGGCCAUGAGGGUCAACGACAAGAGGGACAUUUCCCGGUUUCUGGAGUGUAACCCAGUUAUGAUUAAUGCGAUCAAGAUAUCAGCUGCCCACCGAGCUCGUUACUUCUGGGGCAACCUCCCGGGGAUGGACAGGAUCUUCGGCUUCCCCCUCCCCUACACGGACGUCUCCAACAUCGGCCACGGGGCUCACCAGAAGCUGCUGGAGAAAUCGUGGAGCGUGCCGGUCAUCCGGCACCUCUUCUCCCCGCUCAAGGAUUACUUUGCCUGUGAAUAGCAAGCCGAGCAUCCCUCCUCUCUCUGGUGAAGGUGCACGGCGCGGCUGCUGUGGCGGGAGAGGGACGGGCACGGCUGCCAGACUGCCACAGCCCCCUCCCUCCCCG